AUGUUCACAGGUCUGAUCGAGCACCUCGGGACCGUCUCGUCCAUCCAGCACGAUGAAGGCGGAUGUACGCUGACCAUCGCACAGUCGGGCCCGAUCCUGAGCGACUGCAACGUCGGGGACUCGAUAGCGGUCAAUGGAGCGUGUCUGACGGUGACGGCGUUUGACAGGGAGGCGGAUGGUGGGUGGUUUACUGUGUGGUUGGCGAACGAGACGCUGGAUAGGACGGAUCUGGGGGAACGGAAAGUGGGGGACCAAGUCAACCUUGAGCGAGCCAUGGGAGCUCAUGUCAGGUUCGGAGGGCACUUUGUUCAGGCACACGUCGACACCACGGCGACGAUAGUAUCGCGUGAACCAGAUGGCGAUUCCUUGCGCAUAACAUUCCAACUACCUGAGCCAACACCUGCCCGGCCCUCGCUGUUACCCUACCUCAUCCCGAAGGGAUACGUUGCGAUCGACGGGACGUCCCUCACUCUGACAGGCGUCGAUGACACAAACCGAACGUUCAGUGUCAUGCUCAUCAAGCAUACUCAGGAGAAGAUCACGCUGCCGCAGAAGCCGGUCGGGGCGAAGGUGAACAUCGAGGUGGACAUGGUGGGCAAGUACGUGUACAAGAGCGUGGAGGCUGCGCUCGGAGGGCAGUCUGGGGACGGGGUAAAGGGAUUGAUUGAGAAAGCCGUGGAGGAUGUGUUGGCAAAGAAAGGAAUCAAGUAG